GGGGGGAAGACAAAAAGGCCAGAGGGAAGAGAAAAAGAAAGCAUUUCUCUCCUCUCCUGCGCGAAACUUUGAUAUUUCUCACCGUGCAAUGACAACUGCUGUGAAGGUGCUGUUUCAUUGGGGGCCAUAAAUCUGUCAGCUGACUGAACUGCGCUCGCACCUUCACCGUGACCUUAGGUGCACCUUGGGAAAGUGAGCACAGAGCGACUGUGCAUGUGUUGUUCUCUGCCCAGCUUUGAAACGUCAUUUUAAUUUCACAUUUUCUCUGGAGGUGGUGUUGUGAUUCCUGCUGCCUGGGUACAGAGGAAACGGUGCGCUGCCACUGAGGUCACGGACAAAUUCUUCCUCUGCUCUCUGUCUGCAUCAGCAGGUGUUAUGGAUCUACAGUCUUUCCUGUGCUGGAGAGUUGCCCCACUCUUUCUCUUGAUGCCUUGUGGGCUCCGCUGUCUGACAGUGCACGUCCUCAACGAAGAGCCCGUGCAUGUAAUCCCCGGCUCCAGCCUGGUUCUGAGCGCUCAGAUUGAGCAGGGACCCUUGGAGGAGGUCUCCAUGAUAACCUGGGAGCGCGUGCCUGAAACCGGAAGGGCUCCUGAGAGAGUGACUCUGGCCACGUGCCCUGGCAGAAGCCUCCAGUGCGCUGGUACGAGGCCAAACGUCCAUGUGAACACCAAGCAGCAGGAGACGACACUUCAGAUUAAUGGAUACAGCAGGGCGGACGGCGGCGUGUACGCCGUGACUGUGACGGAUAACGCAGGAACGAAAACCACGGCGCACUGCAUCGUCAGGGAAUAUGAGGCAGUCCACCAUGUCUCCUUGAGCAUCAACGUGUCUCACUCCUCGCUGGUUUGUGGCGAAGCCUGGGGGACGGACCCCAAAUUCAGCUGGCUCUACGAGAGAGCCGCCAUCACUCAGACUGUGGGCCAAGUCUCCAGAGACGGGACGACGCUGGUUCUAUCCAUGAAUCCCAUUUGUGGACACUUCACCUGCUUGGUCAGCAACAAGCUGGGCUACAGCUCCGCAACUUACUCUGCAGGACCUUGUGAGACGGAGGGCAGGGGGACGCCGGCGGCCGUGGUCUGUCUCGUCGUCCUGCUGCUGCUGUUCGGAGCACUGCUGGCUUUUCUGCUGUGGAGGAGGCACAGGCGCAACAACAGAAGAGAGAGGCUGCACAAUCAUUUAGAUGACGCCAUUUAAAAGAAGACCUGAGCUACUCAGAGGUCUCUGGGAGCCGAGCAGAG